AUGUCGUGGUCUACCGAAUUGAGAUCGUGGGCGUCCCCAGAAGCGCUGGCAGUUGCAGCGCCUCCCGUCAUCGGACAGGAAGCGCCGAGGACACCAGUAUUCGAGGUGCCUCAUCCAGGUACAGGAGCUGCUGUUAUCACCUUUCUCAGGCACUGUGGCUGUCCAUUCGCCGAGAAGACAUUUCAGUGUAUGCGCGACGCGGCGAAUAGACAUAGGGACAUAAACUUCAUCGCCGUGUCACAUAGUGAUAGAGACUCUACAGACCGUUGGAUUGCCGCUGUAGGCGGCCGAGGGCAUGUUCAGAUUGCGGUUGACCCGAAGCGCGAGUCAUACGCAGCAUGGGGCCUCAAUGUAUCCAGUUUCUGGCAUGUCUUGAGCCCUUGGAGUCUCUUCUCGGUCUACCAGCUGGGCUCGCGAGAGGGCAUCUGGAAUCGGCCCACGGAGAGCGGAACACGGUGGCAGAGCUCUGGGACAUUCGCCGUUGACUCAGAGGGCAUUGUGAGAUGGGCUGGACCUGCUACUAGUGCAGACGAUAUUCCUGCCUUUGAGGAAGUACUGGAAGCAUUGGGGGGCAUUCGUAGGGAAUAG